CCCCCGCUUUCACCGGCCUCCAAAAAAACGCGGGUUAUACAUAAAUUGUAAACAGCGCCAUUGUUUGAGACAGAUCCUGUAUUAGCCUGUAGCAUUAUUGUUAAAAUAGGUACUUAACUAAGGUCAGCUGAAUGGAGACAAAGUAUCAUACACUGAAGAGACCCAGGAGGAAGCUCUGCUACCUCACUAACAAGAAAAGUUCAUCCAAACAAUGCAAAGACAAAUUGUCAUUAGAAGACAUUGAUGGAAUGUUUGAUGACUUGGAUUCUUCCUCACCUGGUAAUGACAUAAGUCCUCUCCAAGACACUGAUGAGUCAGACCAGAGCAAGAGGGGGAUUUCACCAGUAUUACAGAAAGGAAGCCUUAUCGUAAAACUUCCGGGUUCUGGGAGAGAUAUUUUGAAUUCUGCAAGAAGGUCACUUGCUCCUGAGCUGGAAAAUGUUGCAGCCUUGAACGUUCCUUUCAAACUGCAUGAGCCGGUAAAGACAUCAAGCCCUAUUGAGGAGAACCUUGUUCUUGAAGCCACAGUAGAGGAGGACAAUGAAAGAGCUCUAGUUGUGCCUCAGGUUCUUGAUUUUGAAGAGCCAAACACAGAUCUCGUAACAAUCAAGAUCCCCCAGCGCAAAGCAUACGUCGCAGAGGAAGAAGUUAAUUCUGAGCUGGAGUCUCCUCCAAGCAGGGUUACUUUAAGCAAACCCACAGUGUCCAGUCACAAAAAACAGGUGGCAACAGAAUGCAAACAAAGUCUCCCCACUAAAGAAAAAACACCCAAGAAACCUCAAAGUCUGGCUGAAAGAAAAACACCAAGAGAACAAAACUCAGAACCAUCAGUAUCAGCUGUGAAGCAGAAGCCUGAGCAUCCUGUGAACCAACCACCAGCAGAAAAAUCCACUCAAGUGGAAAUUGGCAUGAACGUGUUUUUACAGAGGCUUAGAAAUGCCCAAAAGUCAAAACCUGCUUGUUCCAGGCGAUUGCAGUCACUGGUUAAAGUACCCACACCUCCCCCUGAGCCUGAGGAUGAAUUUCGGAUUCUGGAGGAUGAUACACCUUUUAUUUACAUCCCAUCUAAAGCCUACACCAGAAAGUCCCAGAGGCCGAAGGAGACAAAGGCAGAACAGAAGAGCACUGAUAAAGACUGCUCAGUAGACAAGGGAACACCCGAUGGCCAAAUAGAGACUUCUGUUAUAGACUUUUCUCCAGGUGACUUAGUGGAGCAAGAGAGACCAAACAAAAAGAAACGCAACAGAAAGGCCCUGAAGCAACUUAUAAACCGAGACCGCAAGGAAGCAGAAAAAGCAAACACUGAGAAGUUAAAAAGUAAAACUCAGAAGUCCUCUGAUGCAAAUAACUUAAAGUGUUUAAAAGGGGGAAAUGAAAAAGCCAAGAAACAAAAGAAGACAGAACUCAAAGACCUAAGUUCUCCUUUAGACAAAGAAAUCAUUGGCUCUGGUGCGCAAACUGGAAAGACUUUAGCAGAUGAAAAGGCUGAACAGAUCGCGCCGCCUGCUGGAUCUACCGGGAGCUCAUCUGAAGACAGUGAAUUUUUCGGGAAAAGAAAGCGAAAGCAGCCUGGACAGUGGUGGAUAAGCUGCCCUCAGAAUGCAGAGGAAACCAAGGUUACAGACAACCAGCCCACAACCAAGAAGUCAAAACCAAACAAAAGACAGCCCACAGCAGAACUACCAUCACCCAUUAAGCCUAAGAAAGACAAAGAUUUAAAGAAAAUAAAUCAGAAACUCUCUGUGCCAGUAGCCAGCAAACACACAAAUACAGCUGCAGAUAAGAAAAAGAAACUGAAUGUGAAAAGAAGAGUAGAGACACCAGACAAGAGGAAGACAACUGAUGUAGAGCAGAUUGAUGUAAAAGAUCAGCAGCUGGAUGUUGCAGGUCAGGACCAGGUUCAUGAGGAUUUAAGCCCCUUUAAGUUUGCCCCAAGACACCUAAGCCUCGGCUCAGGGACUAAGGUUUUUCAGAAAGUCUACAAUCAUGUCUCCAGUGAAAACAUGUCCACAACACCAGCAUCUGUGUCUACCAGAAGACCUGAGCAGCAGCAGCAGCCCAGGGAUGGAGAAACAGAAAAACGGAGGAGGAAACUACCUGGUAAAUGGUGGUUAGUUAAUGGUGUGUCUGAAGACAUAGAGCACGGCUCACCACAACUUCAAAAGCUUCACCGUCAGGAGUACAAACCUCGAAAGGAGAGGAAAAAUCAGUCCCGAAAGAGCAGAUCUCCAAGGCUGGGAACUCCCAAAAGUGGCAAUGUGGCAGUUUCAUCAAAGCUGCAGGGGGGAACUGCUACUCCUUCUCUGAAACUGAAGCCUUUGUCCGCUCCAAAGACUGUAAAACGCUCUCUGGCCACGUUUAAAGACAUUUUCACUUCGGCUGCUGAAACAGAGACUGAGAUUGGAAAUGGAAAUGGAGAUGGAGAUGAGGGUCAGAAUAACGGACCCAAUAUAUCUUCUGUUGCGGAGGUCAGUGGGUUCUCUCCAGUGGACAGCAAGUGUCAGCCGGAGAAGAUGUUAAAACUACUUACAAGUGGACCAUCGUCCAUGAUUCAGCUGGAGCAGUAUGAGGAGAAUGAUGACUUAAUUCUUCCUUCAACCAGAGUCAGUACUCCGCUCCUGAUGUCAGAUAUGUGUGCUCCUCCUCUCAAACCGAUGAUCCUUCAGCCAAACGAUAAAGACAAUCUGGCAGAGUGGUUCAAGAGUCUCUGGUCUUCUGAUGCCCACAAUGCUGCUGAGGUCAGUCCAGACGAUUUUGAUUGGUACUUCUAUCGAGACAGAGCUCUUGGAUUCCUUUUGGAUGCGAACUGUGGCUCUGCCUGUGUUGGGCGGCUCCUACUCGGCUCCUACACGAAGAAGCCUCUGUGGGUGGAUCACAGCGCUCUGACCGUUUUUAACUUAAUAACCAGCUCCGUGGUCGUAGUCACCAACGGCAAAGUGUCCCGCUUCUGUGCAGGACAGUGCUUCACAGUACAAUGCGGAUGUGCCUACAGCAUCCAGAACCUCACUGGCCAGCCAGCAGUUCUGUACUUUACAAGGACACUGGCAGAAGGUUCAGACUGAGUUUGUUUUGUAAGCUAAACAAAGGGCCGUAUGUUUAUGGAAUAUUUCUGGUCUGCUAAAAUAUUUGUAAAAAGACUGAAUUUUUAAUGUGGUGUUGAAGAAAUGUGAUCAGAAAAUGUAAAUACAGUUUUGUUCUGGUA